UCUCCUUCUCUCGUUCCCGCUCUUUCGCUCCCGCUCUAUUGAACAUUUACAGGAGAGAGAGAGAGAGCUUUGAAAAGUUAAUGCCGUCCUCUGAAACUUUUCAUGGAGGAAGCCAAGCUCCUCACAAUCGCCGACCUAAUCCAUGGUGCUCGUCCUCUCACUGCCUCAUUCUCUCUCCACUCACACCUCCGGAGCACUGCGCUCUCCACUGCAUCCUCCCAUUCCGAUCAGUUACCCUCUAGGUCUUCUGCUCGACCUCUUCGUCCCAAACAUGAUUUCAACUCUAACCCUAAUCCCAAGCCUGAAGUUCUCACUCCACUUGACUAUCCGGCUAUCGUUAUCGGAACUGUAACUCUCCCAGCGGUUGUAGAUGGUGCUUCUUCCUCUUCUAAUCGUACCCUUCGUUGCUCCCACAACUCUUGCUUCCAGUUCUCCGAUGGUUCGUCCACUGUCUGCUGCGACAUUCUUGACCUCGAUCUGUCGAUGAUUGGAAAGAAAAUCCGUGUUCUUGGUUGGAAUUUCAUUCCUUUUAAACGGGGAGGUGGUUUCUUAGAGAUUAUUCGAUGGAGAUUUUCGGACUUAGAAUGUGGUUCUCCUCGGCAUUUCGAUGCGGAGUCUUAUUCAUUAGUUUCAGGCUCUUCCCAUGGCUGUGAAAAUGGUUCCAAGUCUCGCUACCGCCUCCACGGCGUAUUGGAGUUUAUUAGCCCGAUUUCUGUGGUUCCCUGUGCAUCAGGUGCUGGCAACUUGCGGAACACUGCUGAAUUUAAAACAAUUUCUGGUUUGAAUCUUCGCGGAUUUUUGGUUCAGAUUUUGGUCUGUGAGUGUAGAUUGUGUAGUUCUAAGGAGUCCAUUUCCGUCUUGAAUGAUUCAAUUCAAGAGCAGAGUAAUCAUUCUUUUUCCAAACCCUUUAUUGUAUAUUUUUGUGGGCAAGCUUCAUCUUGGCACCCAGUAAUUACAAAACAAAUUGGGAAUGUUGUAACUAUCUCAGGUUUGAAGAAAAAGUUAGUUUACAUAGGAAACGAACAAUCUCGUUUGAUGUAUGUUACUGUGGAGAAGUCUUCUUUAAGCAUUUCUAGAUAUCGGCAUAAAUUUCUUCCAAGUAUCAAACUUAACGUCGAGGGGAAAGGAGAAUGUGGAUCCUAUACUGGCAUAGUGCGAGGGGUAUACAUGCAAGGGAUGGUUGUCGAGCUUGAUAAUGAAGUGUGGCUUUUACUAACUAACCAACUGAUUACUCCGCCGCAUAGUCUCAGGGUUGGCGCUCUGAUAUCUUUGAGAAAUGUUCAUUUUGUGAAUCCAAGCUUUUCCUGGACGAAGAUGGUUAUACUUGGUGCUUGCUACAAGACUAGUAUUACCGUGAAGUGCUUCUCUCCAUUGGUAACUGGGUGUCAUAUGAUAUCACAAUCACCCAGUAUGUUGGGGAACUUCAUUGAGUCGUUAGUCUUUUCUGCCAGAUUAUGGGUGUUACUUCUUGUUUCAUGUUUUCGGAAAAAGUUUGCAAGUAUGCUUUCUGAGAAGGAGAUAUUGGGGUCAAAACAUAAGGAAGGAUUGGUUCAGGUAUAUGCUAAUUCACAUCUACCUUCAUCGAUGUUUCGAUCUCCUGUGAAUCGGCAUGGAGUAUUUAUGUCACUGUGCAAGUAUAAUUCGUGUGGCUGUGAGGGACAUAGCAGUGACUUGAAAUUGGUUGUACCUCUAUCUACUUUUAUCCAUCAUUGUGAUGGCACAUGGAUGAGAACAGUACAAUUGCAAAAUGUUAAAGAGUUACAAGAGAACAACUUAUACAGCCGUUUCUCAUGUGAAGGGAGAUCAUACGAUCAACCAAUUAGGAAGGUUUUCUCAAGUGAAGAUAUAGGCGUUGUAUUAAUUGGAAAUCUGAAGAUUUCUCCAUCUUCCGGCAGAUUGCAGUUGGUUGAUGCCACUAGUAGUGUUGAUGUUAUUAUACCAGACCUUCCAUCAACUUGGAAUUCCAGCAGUAUAUAUGAGGUGGUUGACUAUAUUCUUGUUCUUGAAGGCAUGCCUGGACUGAUGGAUUAUUCGGGAUUGAUUGACAAGCCAUUCUCAUGCAAAAGUGUCUUAAACUUUAUCCCAUUAGCUAGGGCAGUAAAUUUGGCCAUUUAUGUUCAAUUUCACCUGCGAAAUGCAGCAUGCAGAAAUUCGCUAUUUUAUCCUCAUACUGAAUUGGGAAAAUAUAUGGAGAGAUUUGAAAGUGGAAUUUAUCAUCUGCUUCAUGUAACUCAUAAAUUCCCAGUUCUAGGCAGGUUUCAAGGCGACACAGUUACCCCAGACAAAUCAAACAUAUUUGUUGAGGCUGUGAUCUUUCAUUGGAAUUUAUUCCUUAAUGAAAAAGACGGACAUGCAACUAUGGAUUCAGGAGAUCAGCUGAAGAAACGCAUGAAACAUUGCGAUGACAGGAAUAACGAUGAACAUAUUUUUAAAAGAUGUAAAAAUGAUCAUAUAUCAAGCAUGGAAUUGUCAGAUUUGGUAGAUAUUCCUUGCAAGGCUGUUGGGCAAUUGAGGCCUCGUUUGAAUUUUUCUGAAUCCAGUGAGAAGCAGAGCUUUUGCAACUUUACUUCUCACCAAAUUUCUUGUUCUGCAACUGUUAGAGGUGUAAAUAAUCAUAGUGUGGUUCGUUCAGUUAUUCUGCCUUAUACAGGAGCCUUAAAUGGUUGUGGCUUUUGCAGACCAAGUGCACAAAAAGUUUUGCUGGAGUUGAAGCCUGAAAGCUUUCAUAUGUAUCAAUUCCUGCAGAUUGGUUGCUAUUAUAUUACAAAGCAUGAUGGUGAAGAUUCUUUAUGUAGUUUUAAAGAUUCUGACCAUGUCAGCGGUUCCAAAUUUUUUGUAACUUCCAGACAUCAUCUCUUGAGCCUUUCAUUUAUUCCUGACGACGCUCUUCCAGGAAGUAAUUUACCAAGUUGUCCUCCAUUAGAUAAUUCUUGUUCAAUCAGUGAUGAGGUUUCUUUAAAAAAUUGCAAUGAAGUCUGUCUCCAUGUAGCAAAUGGUGAUUCUUUAGAAACCUCUUCAGAUGUUUCUUUGCGUGUGCCUGUAAAUAUGAUUAGUUUAUUGGACAUAAAUUUGAGAGAAGUGAAAGGGGGCCUCAUUAAACCAGCUGUGACAUCUGAAGACAUUGCUGAGGUUUAUCCAUGCCCGGGGACUGUGGCCUCUUGCCCUCCAUCCUUUUCUAAUUCUAAUUGCCUGCUACCUGAGGGAAAUUUAAUGACUUUGCAAGGGCAUGUGGUUGCUGCACACUUAGACUCUCAACACCAUGGUGAUCAUCUCCAAUCAAAAUUCUUAAAUGGAAUUGCAAGCACUUCUUGUUUUCAUGUGUUGGUUGAGCAUCAAAUUGUGAAGAUAGUUGGUUCUUUGAGUAAAUAUGUUCUCCCUCCUGGUCUUGGGCCUGGUGUAGAUGCAAUAUUUCAUCGAGUUCUUGAAUUGGGGGGCCAGAAUAGAUGGGUGCUGACACCUGUGUCAUUUAUUGUGAUAACUUCUAUUGGGGCUGUGAAUAAUUCUUUCAAUGAUCGGUGUCCUACUCUUGUUCCAGAAAUGAGUUGUUUUACCUCCAUGGACACAUCAUUUUCGGGUUUGGUUUCUGGUUUUUCCUCUCUGGAGAAUUCAUCCUCGAGUCUGAUUUCGAAGUUGGUUCAACAACCUAAUUGCAGGUUAAUGCAGAUACGUUGCAGGGUUGUUGCUGUUAAUAUCGUGGUUUUUGAGAAAUACAGAAAAUGGGUUCACCAUCUACCUAAGGCCAGUCCUCGGCAACAUCUAGUCAACAUUCCUAUUGCUAGUUUUGUCUUGGAUGAUGGGUCAUCUCCAUGCUUUUGCUGGGCAAAUGCUGAAAGAGCUACAAGCCUUCUCAGGCUGCAUGAGGAACUUCCCAAGAAAGUCCAUGAACGCAACAACUGGACAUUAAAGGGGGUUGGGACUGAUAAUAAUACGUGCGGCACCAUCAGUUAUCAUCUUGGGAGAAUUUUAGAGAACCAUGACAGGAUUACAGUAAAAAACUUUGGAUCACUGUUUGAUUCUUCUUACCAAGAUCUUGUUGUAUCUGUUAGUCCAGAAAAUGCCCUUGGUGGUUCAGAUGAGAACUUCCUCAAAUCUGUUGUCAUGAAUGCUUGUUUUGGUACAUCUUGGACAAUUGUUGCGUCGUUGAUGGGUUUCGAUGCUGUUGGCCAGUUGGAGAAAGAAAAACUUUUACGACCGGAGAUUAGCAUAAAUUCCAUGAAAAAUGUAUGGGCCAAAGAAGUUCAUAUUACAAACCCCUUCAGCGAGGCUAGGAAUGUUAUUCAAGAAUUGCUAGGCAGGUAAAUGACAUUUAGUACAUGGCUCGAUUCUGAUGUUAUUUAGUAUAUGAUUUUUUUUUAAAGAUGUAACGAGUUUUUUACUUGUAUAUCUGUAUCUUGUAUGUAAAAUCUUCCGAGUUCAAUUCCAAGGCGCAUUGACAUAACAGAGGUCGCGUUCAAUGUUAUAUGUCAUGAAUUGAGCCAAGAUUAUAUGACAAGACAUCAUCAAGCUGUCGAGGGAGGGUCGAAUUCUUAUGAUAUAGCGUGGUGAUUUAUUGUAUUAGUAUUUCUAAUAUUCUUUUCAUUAAGUAGACAUUAUGUAUUAGACACAAGGUAUUCAAUGUUAAUCCAUUUUGUAAUAGAACCAUUGUUUUGGAAAAAUUUCGCGCCUUUAUUAUGGACUGGCCAUCACCCAUCAGUCGAUGCAAUGCAAUAAUUGUUUUUGGUCAACA